AUGUAUCGACAAGUCAGGGUGCACAAGCUAGAUCGCACGCUGCAACAAAUAUUUUGGAGGAAAUCUCAGAGCGAAUCAUUGAAAACCUACCAACUUAAAACCGUUACUUACGGUACAGCAUGCGCACCAUUCCUCGCCACCCGUUGCUUGAACCAGCUCGCGGAUGACGAACAGUAUCAUUUUCCGUUGGCAGCUCGACUACUAAAGAAAUCCUUCUAUGUUGACGAUUGUUUGGCUGGAGAUGACGAUAAAGAUAGAACAAUCGAAAGCUGUAAGCAACUAAUUCAACUACUUGCUUCUGGGAACUUCUUGCUCAGGAAAUGGAGCUCGAAUGAUUCAGAAAUCCUUUCCCACAUUCCGGAAUAUCUCCGUGAUAACCGAGAUGAUCUUGAAAUCGACAAAUCUAGCUCGGUCAAAACCCUCGGAUUAAUUUGGCAUCCACUCUUUGAUUCUUUUGGAUUCAAGGUUCCACUACUUUCACCCUCAAUACCAAUCACGAAAAGGAUAGCACUUUCGGAAAUGUCCAGGUUGUUUGAUCCCAUGGGACUUGUGGGAGCAGUAAUCGUGUCCGCCAAAAUCUAUUUACAGUCCCUGUGGUCGAAUUCGUUUACUUGGGAUGAGGAGUUACCACUCGGCUAUCAAAACUGGUGGGAAACCUUUAGGAAUGAAAUUCAAGUGCUUUCGACCUUGAAAAUAACUAGAAGAGUACUUAUCGACCAGUUUGUCCAACUUGAACUGCACUGUUUUGCAGACGCCUCCGAGAAGGCGUACGGAUGUUGCCUGUACGUUAAAUCGAUCGACAAAGGUGGAAAUGUAGCUUGCAACCUCCUCAUAUCAAAGUCCAAAGCAUCCCGCUAUCGAAACAGUCAACUCCACGACUUGAAUUGUGUGCAGCUGUCAUGGCUGCUCAACUAG